UACACCGUUGUGGAAUUUGAUGCGAUGUCUGAAGAAGCUACAGUAAUGCGAGCUUUGUGUAUGUUCGUCACGUGUUUGAGCUGUGCUGUUGCGCAGUUGCAGACCGCAUCUACACCCCUGACUGGUUUCGAUGUGAGGCUGUCAGUGCUGAAUAUCUCCACGAGGUACACAGAUGUGUGUCCGUUUGACACUUACAUCAACUACCUGUGCAACAGUAUCAACGUUCCUAUUCAGCAUCGUAACGGUGAAACGCGACAUGCCAUGCAGAUAUUGGAAGUGAAGUAUAAUUAA